GGUUAAACUAGUAUACUUAGUUUCGUUUGUAAAUACAUUUAGAACUACAAGUCAAAACUUCGCGUUGUAUAGAGGCUCUUUUAAAAUGAGCGUUUAACAAUUAGUUCGCAAAAUGUCACAAGUUGAAUCAAACCAAGAUCGGCAAAAUAAUGAAUUCGAAGUUUUAAAAUCCAUUUUUGGAGAUGAACUACAUGAUAAUCGUAAAAAUAAACAAAAGAAAAAAUGGCAACCGUUGGAUAUAUCUGUUACACUCACACCGCAAAAAGGAAUGUCAGGGCCAGCAGAAGUUUAUGUUCAAGUUGAUUUACAUGUUAUUUGUGGAGAUAAAUAUCCUAAAGAAGUUCCCAAAAUUCAAUUACAAAAUAGUAGAGGUUUAUCUCAUCAACAAAUAGCAAUUCAUCUCUCUGAAUUAGAAAAUUUGGCAAAACAGCUAAAAGGUGAAGUUAUGGUUUUCGAACUUUGUCAGCAUGUACAAAAAUUUCUUCAUGAACAUAAUAAACCAGGAUACAGCAGUUUUUAUGAAGAAAUGGUAUUAAAACGUCAAGAACGAAUCCAAAGUGAAUUGCAUGAAAAACAGUUAAAAGAAGAUAAAGAACGACAAGUUUUACAAGAUGAAAUUUUAAAACGAAAAGAAGCACUUAAAGCAGAAAUGCGUAAUCGCCGCGAAUCAGCACGUUUAUCGCUCGAAUCCGACCCUAUUUUAUCACAAUCGAUACCAUCUUCUCCACAUGAACGAAUCAGAACUUAUUCUAGAAGAAGAUGUAUGAGUACAUCUGAGAGUUCUGAAGGAUCAUUGUGUGAGCAUAGAGGGACAAAGCUUUUACAUUUUGAUAAUAACAAAGGCGAACGACAAAUACAUAGAGGAAAAUGUUUAGGUCACAGUGUAAAGGGAUCCGUAGUGUAUGCCGGCGUUGAUAUGAUAACAGGAGAAUUAUUGGCUGUUACAGAGUGGACAUUAAAAUGUGGUAUAUCUGAAGAUCAUGAAAAUCAUGAAACAUCAAACUUACAACACUCUAUGAAACAAAUUGCUAGCAUUGAACAAGAACUAAAUCAUUUACAUAGAUUACACCAUCCCAAUCUUGUACAUUAUUUAAAUAUGAAAUACUUGCAAGAUAAAGAUAAUAUAAUAAUUUAUACUUUGCAAGAAUUUGUGGUUGGAACAACGUGUUCAUUUUUCCUCAUGGAAAACAUUCCAGUUGAUACAGAUAUGCUUAGGUACUUAGCUAUGGGAAUUUUAUCUGCCCUUCAAUAUCUCCACAAAAAUAAUGUUGUUCAUAAAAAUCUUAGAGAUUCAAGCAUUCAUAUUGAUCGCACUGGUGUUGUCAAGCUGUCUGAUUUUUCUCUAGAUAAAAGACUAUCAGAUAUUUAUCAAGCAAGCUGCUUAGCUAAAAUAGAGCAUGACUUUCCUACAAUUCAAGGAAGAGGAGGGAAAAAAGCUGAUAUUUAUAGAUUUGGUAUUCUUUUACUUUCCUUAUUGAGAGGUACAAUUAUUUCAGAUAAAGAUAUAAAAGUUGAUUCAACAUUACAGCCAGAUUUAAGAGAUUUUAUAAACAAAUGUCUUGUGAGUGAUGAACGAACUCGUUGGUCUGCAGAACAAUUAUUACAACACUGCUUUAUUCGGGCACCACUUGAACGUGGAUUAUCACCUCCAAGACUAGAUGGUAAUCAAGAACAAAAUCGAGUCGAGCCAGAACAAGAACCAGAUGCUGAUAUGCAUUUUUAUCUCCCUGCCUUUGGUGGACAAUCACGAAUUCAAAAUGAAUUCGAAGUACUUAAAUGGCUGGGUAAGGGAGCUUAUGGAGAUGUUUUAAAAGUCCGAAAUAAAUUAGAUGGAGGUAUAUAUGCUAUAAAACGAAUUGAAUUAAAUCCCAAAAACAAACAGUUAAAUAGAAAAAUAACGCGCGAGGUAAAAUUGCUGUCUCGAUUAAAUCACGAAAAUGUCGUACGGUAUUAUAAUUCCUGGAUCGAGAGUGCAACCCUUGAUGAUUCCACAAGACAUAGUAGAUUUACACCAUCUAUUACACCUUCAAUCAAAUUUACGUCAACGUCAAAUAAAACAUCGAGCGUUGACGAUUAUUUGGGGAAUGCAAACAUUGAAAAAUUAGCUCCACCGAUGCAUGAUGUUGAGUGGAAUGUUUCUUAUGAAUCCAGAACAAGUGCUGCAUUAUCAGCAGAUAGUGAAGAGGAUAACAGUGACCACUCUAGUGAUGUAUCGGAUAGUGACGAAGACUGGGCUUUCAUCAUGAGAACUAGAAUUGACUCUUCUGAUAGUAUAGAAUUUGAAAAGGAUGAAAUGUCACAAUCAUUAGAUUCCGUACAAAACUCUCAAGAUUUAGUUGUUGAAAAAAAUAAAAGUGAAAUUGAAAAAGACGGUAUAUUAGUGAAAGAGAUUCAAUUUAUGUAUAUACAAAUGGAAUUUUGUGAAAAAAGUACAUUAAGAACGGCAAUUGAUAACGGACUGUAUGAAGAUGAAGAACGAAUUUGGCGUUUGUUUAGAGAAAUCGUUGAAGGUUUAGCACAUAUACACCAACAAGGAAUGAUACAUAGAGAUUUAAAGCCAGUAAAUAUAUUUUUAGAUAGCAAUGAUCAUGUAAAAAUUGGAGAUUUCGGUCUAGCAACAACAAAUAUUUUUUCAACUCUAACACAAACCAUAGAAGUUGAAAAAGAAUGUCAAAUAACUGAUAAAAGCGUUAGUUUUGACAUGGACGAUUUGGGUUCAAUGACUGGUCAAGUUGGCACAGCCUUGUAUGUAGCACCAGAAUUGUCUGCACAAGCUGCAAAAGCUAUAUAUAAUCAAAAAGUAGAUAUUUACAGUUUAGGAAUAAUUUUUUUUGAAAUGUGUUAUAAGCCAUACAUAACUGGAAUGGAAAGAGAGAAAGUCUUUUUAAAUCUUCGAUCUACAGAAAUUAUUUUAUUAAAUGAAAGGGGUAUGUCUAGUCAAAUUCACCUUUUACGCUGGUUAUUAAAUCACGAUCCAAGUCAGCGACCAACAUCGCAAGAGUUGUUGGCUUCUGAUUAUUUACCUCCUCCCCAACUAGAAGAGGCAGAACUUCAAGAAAUGGUUCGUCAUACACUGUCUAAUGUUCAGAGUAAAGCUUAUAAAUAUCUCGUUGCUUCUUGUUUUUCACAAGAGGUAACGCCUGCAGAGGAUAUAACAUAUGAUAUGAAUUUACCAGCUCGAGUAACAACGAAUUCUGUAUUACCGAAAACACGCUUUUUUCAAGAAAAUAUUAAAUCAAAAGUUGUAGAAGUCUUUCAAAAACAUGGAGGUAUAAAUGUUACAACUCCACUACUUAUGCCUAAAUCAGGUCCACUUUAUAAUGUAACUGAUAGUUGCGUUCGACUAAUGACACGUACCGGGAGUGUAGUGUCUAUACCACACGAUUUGCGCGCACCGUUUGCUAGAUACGUUGCAUGGAAUAAUAUUUCUAAUAUACGAAGAUAUUCGAUUGAGAGAGUUUAUAGAGAGAAAAAGGUUCAUGGUUUUCAUCCGCGAGAGCUCUACGAGUGCGCGUUUGAUAUAAUAAGUCCAAUGGGUAACAAUUUGAUGACCGAAGCAGAACUUAUAUCCAUUGCUUGGGAAAUUUGUAACGAAAUACCUCAACUACAGGAGCGUAACUUUACUGUUCGUAUAAAUCAUACAUCGCUAUUACAAGCCGUUCUCAUGUACUGCGGGAUAGAGCGUGAAAAGUAUCAAGAUAUUUACUCAAUAUUGUGCGAUGCUCGUGAUGGUAAAUUCUCUCGAUUCCAAGUGCAAACUCAUCUGAUAAGUUUGUGCCUUACUGAUCAAGCUAUGGAAACUCUUUUUAAUCUAUUUGAGACUGAAAGUUCAGUUACAAAAAUCGCGAGCGUACUCAAGACAAUUACUAGAAGAAAAGGAGAUGCAGCUGCCCUUGCGAAAGAAGGUCUUAGAGAAAUCGAAACUGUUAUAGCUAAUGCAGAAGCUUUGGGUGUUAAGUGGCCAAUUACAGUACUUCCAUUAUUAGUACAUAAUAUUCAACAAUACAGUGGUAUAAUUUAUCAAGUUACAUGCGAAAUAAAACGAAGGCGUAGGCGUAACGGUCAAGAUGUUAUUGCAGCAGGCGGAAGGUACGAUAAGAUGCUCGCCUCAUUCCGGCAAAUAUUAGAGCGUACGGGUAUGACCAAUAAAGAAAGCAAACAAUUUGGUGUGGGCAUUAGCAUAUCCCUAGACAAACUACUUUGUGCUGCAGGUGAAUUAAUGACGGAUCUGUGUUACGAAAACAAAUUUGCUAUUGACGUAGCUGUCUGCUGUGUAGAUGGAGUUCCUCGACGUGAAAAAGAACUUGCCGACGUUCUUCGUGAGCUUUGGACACUCGGGCUUAAAGUUACCUGCUUAGAUUUUUUUACAUCCGAAGAAAUUUUAGAAUACUGCCAGGAAAAUGGUGUUAAUCAUAUUGUUAUGUUGAAGAGCGGCGAAAAGGGCAGUUUGAGGAUCGAAACAUGGGAAAGAGAUAGAUAUCAAGAACGGAAAAUUAGCGUUCAAGAUAUAGCUGAGCAUUUUCAACGACAGACGGAAAGUGUGGUGCCGAUAACCUUGAAUAGAUCAGAAAAUAAAUUAAGCACUAAUACAGACGUGAUGGUUUCAUCAAAUACUCCUAUUAAUGUUAAUAUCAACUUCGUACUUUCAAGUAGGGAUAAAAUGUCUGGAAGUGGCAGAAGAAGUUAUAAAAACACCAUUCUUGCACAAAUGUCUUCUUAUAUGCAAAGAAUAUCACACAAGGUUCCUAUCGAAGUAUUUGCAGUUUUUCUUGAAAUGACCGUGGUACGAACCAUUACUAAUUUUUUGGAAAUCGAUGAGGACGAACAAAACUUACAAAAAAGCAUUCAAAUAAUAAUCGACAAGCAUCCACGUCAUAAAAAGUACACUAAGCAGAUUUGUGAGGAAAUGUGGGAAGUUCGAAAUGAUAAAUCACGUCCUGUUUUGAUUCUUUAUAGUCUGUCAGAUAGUCGAUACAUGACACUGAUGUAAAAAAGAAUUAACAAAUGUACAAAAUAUUGAUAAAAAUAUAUACAUUUAU